UUUUUAAGCAAUGCCAAUGAAAGUGCAAUGGUCGUUAAUUGUUUUACAGUCUUAAUUGUUUCAUUUUAUGACUAGAAAAAAUCAUAAGUAAAUUGUUAGCUGUUUAUUUUUUAUUUUAAAGACUGAUACGCUCUUGUUUCCAACGAUCUGCAAUACAACUGGAUUACCUAAUGAACAAGACUGCUACCAGCAAGAUCGGAACUGCCAACACAAUUACAUAAUUUUUAGCAUCGUUGUGGAGGUUAUAAAGUUACUAAAAACUUCCGUACAGUAAAUUCCUUCGUUAAGUUUUCUAGAUCAUAUAUGCUGAUUAAGUAGCCUGUAUUGUGGUGCGCAGAUGUCAAAAUUUGCUUAUCAAUAGUCUGUUUAAUGAGUGGGAUACUCGGUUGCCGCAUGAUAUGUUCGCGCCAUUUGCCAUGGCUGUGGUCUGCUUGACGCCACUCACAACUUCAGUUAAGGUGUGAAUCGUUGCCAGGGAACUGCAAAAUUCUCGCAGACUCGAUUUAUUGUUUGCGUGAAGGAAAGAACAUGGAUAUGGUGGAAACAACCGAAGAAAACGACUUGGAUCUUUUCGGCGAAGGCUUUAGCGGAAGUCGAUCGAGCCCUUUGGAAGAAUCUAGUCCGUCUGAAAACCGGGAUCAAGUAUGCAGUAUUUGCAGUAUGAAGUUCACGAAUCCCCGUGUUCUGUCAUGCCUGCACGUCUUCUGUGAAUCGUGUAUCGAUAAGUUGCUUAUUGAUGAGUCUGGAGAUUCUGGAAAACGGGACAGUAUUGUUACAUGUCCGAAGUGCAAGCAGGAAACAAAAAUAGCAGGAUCAAAGGGAGCUUCCUCUCUUCCAUGUGACUAUGUCCUUACAAAUAUAUUGGACAUGUCUGCUAUUGAAAGCACUGCCGUAUUAUGCACGAGCUGUAAAGCAAAAGAAAAAGCUGUAGCUCGUUGCUCAGAUUGUGCCCACUUCCUUUGCCCUAACUGCAACACAGCACAUCAGUUUAUGCGCUGCUUUGAAAAUCAUCAGGUAGUACCAUUUGAGGAUUUACGAAGCUCAAGAGAAGUUGUCCCCAUACACAAACCAAUAUUUUGUGACACUCAUCCAGCUGAAAGUCUGAAGUUCUAUUGUUUUAAGUGUCAGAUGCCUAUAUGUAACAAUUGCAUGGUGAGUGACCACAAAGCACCAGAACAUCAUUAUGAGUGCCUAGCAGAUGCAGAGGAGCAGCAGAAAGACGAAUUAAAAAGUCUCAUGGCAGAGAGCAAGUCAAAAAUAGAGUUCUGUGAAAGUGCUUCAAACCAUUUAGAAAGUGCUUUAGGUGAACUGCAGAUACAGCAUGAUAAUGCCAAAGAUCUGAUUCAUGAAACAUUUCAUAGUUAUAAGGCUGUGCUUGAGAAGUGCAGGGAUAAAGCUUUAGAAGAUUUGACUAAGAUACAUAAAUCAAAAGAGUUGAAAAUAAUGGAUACAUAUAACAGCAUUGAAAAGACAAUGGAAAAAAUAAAUGAUGCUUGCAAAUUUACUUCUCGGCUCUUGGAGCAUGGAAAUAUUGUAGAAAUUCUGUCGCUAAAGAAGCUUGUUGGAGCUCAGUUGCUUUAUUUAAUCAAUAACACGCCAAAACCAGAUGUAACCACCACAAUUGAGUUCAACACAGAUAUUAAUAAAUUUGAAGAUGCUAUCAAGGCUACUUUCGGAACAUUUACUACAGAGGUUGUAUCCACAUCAAAGGAACUAUCGCCGCCAGCGACCUUGCCAGCACCAGUGCCAUUGACUCUAAAUAAUGUGAUGGCAGCAGCAGGAAUGGGCUUGGUGACAGGUUGCCCAACAACAGUUACCACUACAAGUAGCCCUGUUUCAAUUCAUUCAUCAUUUGAUGGUGAAUUGGCAACUAACUUCACAAUGGCCACAAAUGUUCUCAACCAAGAUGUUGCCCCAGUUGUGCCUCCAAGUACAUUACAUGGAUUUACAAGUAUUCAGGAAUACAAUCUGCAACAGUUAGCAAGCCUUGCAGAGAAGGAGGUUGCAGUCGGUGCCUCUGCAGUAAAUGUAACUAGUACUCAUCCGCCUGCUAGCUCAAAUCCGAGCCCUACUCCAUCAUUCACAUUAGCAGAUCUGUUCUCUGGUGAUUUCAGUUCAACAAACAAUGCAAUCAAUAAUCUUCAAGCGCUUGCAAAGUUGGGGAGUGUCACACUCAACAACCAAGGGCAGAUAGUGGUUACAGGAGACCCUGCAGUAAACCUGGUGGAUCCACUAACCACAGCAACAGCUGCAGCUGCUGCAGCAACUCACAGCUCUACCCCUACACCACCACCAGCAACUCUCGGAGCUCUGCUUAAUGAUCUGACAAAUGGAUCCCUUAACACAGGUCCUCCAGUUAGUUCUUCUUUGGUUUUGGGACGUGGAGCUUCACCAAGUCUAGAAAUAAACACUACUAUUGCGUCAGUAAAUGGUGGACCUUACCAGUCACUUUCAGGAUCGCCAUCUCCUAUUUUAUCUCAACCUGAUGAAAUAGUUAAUGACCCAAUUCAUAACAUGCCUUUGCUGGUUGGAACGGGCACAGCUCCUCCACCACCGCCACCCCCGAAUAAUUUUCACCAUCCACGUGCAACUCCGGGAAAACUGCCUGCCAUGCACAUCAGACUGAAGUAUGGACAGCUGGGACCUGGAAAGGGGCAGUUCAACUCUCCUCAUGGCUUUUGUUUAGGCACAGAAGAGGAUAUAAUAGUGGCAGACACAAACAAUCACCGUAUACAGGUGUUUGAGAAAACUGGAACAUUCAAAUUUCAGUUUGGUAUACCAGGAAGAGAGGAGGGCCAACUGUGGUAUCCACGUAAAGUGGCUGUAAUGAGAAAUAGUGGAAAAUUUGUGGUUUGUGAUCGUGGCAAUGAAAGGUCUCGAAUGCAAAUUUUUACAAAAAGUGGCCAUUUUGUGAAGAAAAUAGCAAUCAGGUACAUAGAUAUUGUUGCUGGACUGGCAGUUACAUCACAGAGUCAUAUUGUUGCAGUGGAUAGUGUGUCCCCAACUGUCUUUGUUAUAUCAGAAGGUGGUGAACUCAUUCAUUGGUUUGACUGCAGUGAAUAUAUGAGAGAACCAUCGGAUAUUGCAAUCAGUGGUAAAGAGUACUUUGUAUGUGAUUUUAAAGGACAUUGUGUUGUGGUAUUCAAUGAAGAAGGCCAGUUUUUGCGUCGCAUUGGAUAUGAAAACAUUACAAAUUUUCCCAAUGGAAUAGACAUAUCAGAUGCCGGUGAUGUUUUAGUCGGUGAUUCCCAUGGAAAUCGCUUUCAUGUGGCUGUGUUCUCAAGAGAUGGUGUUUUGCUAUCAGAAUUUGAAUGCCCCCAUGUCAAGGUGUCUCGUUGCUGUGGCCUAAAGAUCACGUCAGAGGGUUAUGUGGUCACUCUAGCUAAGAACAAUCACCAUGUGUUGAUUCUCAAUACACUUUAUAUAAUGUAGAAAAUCAUUAGUGAUUGAAAAAAUGAAAGGACAAUAGCUGUUGUGAGUAAGCCACAAAUUAGAUUUUAGUUCAUUCGAAUUACAGGGAGUUAUAGAUGAUCUCGCAUUAAAAUGCUAAUGAUUAUCAAUAGCCAGUCAGGUAAAGAACAAUAGAUCUUUAUUGUGAACACUAUUGCCUGUUUAGGCUGUAAAUUGUUUCAGAUGAAUGUGGGGGGGAAUAUAUUUAGUAUAGGCAGAAGUCUAUUUUAAAACUGAUUGAUAAACUGUAUUAUUGUGGAAGUGCAUUUAGCAAAUUAUCCAAAUAGACAAAUACUGGAGUUAAAUAUUUACACUAAUUAUUAUUUUAUAUUUGUUGACUUUUACGAACUAAAUUAUUAUAAUUAUUUAGUAGCAGCAGUAAUAUGGUUCCUAAUUGUAAAGGCUUCAAGAAGCACUUUUUGUUUCUAAGUGUAUGUGAGUGUAUUAUAAUAUGGCUGUGUGUCUGCAUAUGUGUGUGUUGAAUAUUUUUGUGUAACUAAUAAUUACAAUACUUACUCAGGACAUUUUAUUUUCAUCUUAUUAUGCUACAUAUAUAACUUUUUUAAUAUGUGUGGUUGAAAUUUUGAUUUUAUCUUAAAAAGAGAAUUGUAUUUAAAAUGUUUGCUGUGACUUAUUCAGCUGAUAGGCUACUAAGCAAGAAGGAACUUGAUCCUGAUAAUGUUUGGUCAGACAGUGCCAUUUUUUACUCAACUGUUGACAGCAAAUACUUUCUGUGUUUCCUACCCUUUGGCUGUGUGUGUGUGUGUGUGUGUGUGUGUGUGUGUGUGUGUUGUUUGAAGGUCAUGUUUACGUGUACUCGCAUACAUGCUUGUACAUUGUAUGUCUGUGCAGUUCCCACUUUUCACAUCUAUCCCUCCUUUCACUUGGAGACCCAAACAUCCCAUCCUCAUUUUAAUUGCCACUUAUGUCCCAUUCUUCUCUUAAUGGAUAUAUUUUAUUGUAGGAUAUACUUGUAGAAUGUGAAAAAGAAUGAGGUGUUUUAUGCCUGCGUUAAUGUGCUAGUGUGGCAGACAAUUUCCAAGGAGACAAAUGUUGUUCUUGCAAAUCCCAUGUAUUACUCUAAAGUGCUGUUUUACUGCACAACAGGUUUCCAUUUUGUGUUUUGAGGAGUAUGUUUUUAAAUAAUUCACUGAUAUUUUAAGUGCCUGUAUGGUUAGGUGAAAUAUGUCCAUCACAUAGCCAGACUCCAUAAUUUGGUUUUCUAUUGUAUAAAGAAUCAAAGAAAAUUGGAAGUGAAAUUAUUUACACAAAAGGUGUAAUUGGUUUCCUAACCUACGUCUUUUAUGUAUCAUAGAUGGUAUGUUGAAGUUUUAUUAGUGGUACCUAAAUGACAAGGUUAAUGGUCUCCCAAGGAAACCUCACCUCUACUUUAAAAAAUUUCAUAAAUUUAUGUGGUUGACUACCAUAAAUUGAAUGUGUUUAAGUGUCCUUAGUGUUCUACAGUUAAGUUAUUGUAAAUAACUGUUAGUCAGUUUACGUAUUGCAUAUUGAAUAUAUUUGAGUCUGUGAAUUGCUUAUUUACACGCACAUAGAACCAUCUAUUAACAUAGUAAUGACGUAUUGCUGGUUUUUGUCAUAUCUUCAUUUGAAAAUAAUUUCUGUGAUAAAAUUAUAAACUUAAAAUUAUAAAAACUAGUGCAGAGCAAUUGAAGUAUUUUGUUAGUAAUUGUGAUUCGUCCUUCCGCCUGAUAUUAUCUACUGAUUCUUUUGAAAACAACGAAUUUUUCUAUAUAAUUACAUACAACAUAGAAUAUUAUUACUAUGUGCGUAGAUGGGCAAUAAGACAAACACCUUUUUUGUGUUUCUGGCUAAUCUAGAUGUCACAACCUCUUUAUCAAUCUGAGUUCAGCUUUCUAAAAUGCUAUUAAACUUUAUUCUUAUUUACCCAAUUUUGUUUGUCCUAAGAAGCUGUUUUAAAAGUAACAAUUCAAAAUCACUUUUUAAAAAUGCCUGUGAUAAUAGUAUCUUCAGGAUGAGUUGUGACCUUAGUAUCUCGUUGUUUUAUUAUGCGCUGCCUGUAUUUACUAGUGCGAAACUUAGCAAGUAAGGUUUAAAAAAAUAGCCAUAAUGUUUCUAUGAAACUGUAUGUCUACAAAAUUUUAAAAAAAUCAAAGCUUAAAUGUCUGUUUAGGACAUAUUUAUGUGUAUAAUGUAGCUUCUCCUUCCUUUGAGGAAAGCAAACUGAAAUGUUAAAGGGGUGCUUGUUUCCUUUCAAACCAUUAUGUCAUGUUGACAGUGUCUUCUCUGUAUAAAUAAGGGACAAGUUCAAAAUUAUUAGUGAAGAAGUUUAUUCUUCAAUUUCAGUUUGUAAGGGGGUAUCCAUUGUUAAUACAAAUAUCAGUAUAUUUUUGUUAUUUGACUUAAUUGAAGCAACAAAAUUUUACACAUACAUACUCUCUCUUUAAAGAUAUACAUAUAUACAUUAUAUAUAUAUUAAACCUGCUCAGAAACUUAUACAUGUUUUGGGUAUAUAAAUAUAUUUACGAAACUUUUUGACCUUAAUAGGUUGGGCAUACCUUCUGAACCUUGCUGUACCACAGUGAUUAAUCAAAGAAGUUGUGCCUAACCUCCAUUUUGAUCCCCCUAUGAUUUACCUCAAUAAUGAGAAAAUAUAUAAAAAAAAUAUUGUGGUAAUUGUGAUAGAAUUUUUGAUGGUUUUUACAAAUCACAAGUCUUUUUCAAUGUGUACAAAAUGUGUUAUUACUUUUUAGAUAGCCACUCUGUAUUGAGUAAUUUUUCCACCCUAACUGCUAAAAAAGUGAAAUGAAUAUUGAAACAAUAACACAGAAUUCUUUAAAUUGAAGCGAAGUUGCUUCAGGGGUGAGUUUGUACGUAUGUUUCCCCACCAAAUUCACUAGCAAUAAAUGUUGUUAGUUUUGUCAGUAUUGAAAUUAUAAGAAAACAGUUGUAAUUAUCUACACUAAUAUUUGUAUAGACCUUUGUUGUGUAUCAUUCCAUCCAUUAUGGAACCAGUAGCCACGUGAUUUCCUUCAAAGUUUUGAUGCACAGAAGGAAAUAUGCCUUCAAAGGCUAUUUGGCAUCCCUCAGAUAAGUGUGCAGAAAAGUAGUGUGACCAUUUAAAUCCGUUAUCCCUGGUUCCAUCUUUGAAAUUAGUCAGUGACUCACCGGUCAUUGAGGCAGCUUAAACAGUGGCAUAAAAUCAGUAUAUUGAUGUGCACUGCCCUUCGUGCUUUUCUGCCACAACCAUUUGCACAGUCUAGAUGGCUUGUUGGAAGGCAAAGAUUAUAAUUCCAAUACUCAGAAAAUUGGAUUAACAUUUUGAGCUUCACUUAAACUGUAUGAAGUACAGUUGUGUAUACUUUAAUUACUAGUGGUGGUGUGUGUGUGUGUGUGUGUGUGUGUGUGUGUGUGUGUGUGUGUGUGUGUGUGUGUGUGUGAGAGAGAGAGAGAGAGAGAGAGAGAGAGAGAGAGAGAGAGGUGUCUUGAUUUGACAGAAUAACUCACACUGUCACAAUUGGGAGUAUAAUGAAGCUGUGCAGGUGGUUGUCUUUCUCUUCCCUUAAUUUAGUACGCUUAACAUGUCAUAGUCCAAGGUGGAAUACCAACCACCAAUGGAGUUUGUGCUAUUGCACAUAUAAUGUCAGUUGGGAUGUUCAACAAGUUCAUCCUGCUACAUAUUUUAGCACUGUGGUUGUUAAAUUUGAAGCAACCUAAUUUUGUCUUCCUAGUUGCUAAGGAAAGUAAUUUAGUAGUUAAUUAUAAAGAAGAAUUUUUUAAAUCUCAGAAAAAGUCUGUUAUUUUUCAUUAUAGUUGCAGUUAAGUGAGUUUUAUGGUUUCUGUUGGUCACUUAUAGUUAACCACUCAAAUUUCCAAUAUAAUUUAGAACUUUUGUUUUUCAAUUUUAUCAUUUGUGUUAUGUCAAAGGCUUUUUUUUAUUGUCAAGUUUUUCAUAUACAUCUUAUUUAAUAUUUGAAAAUUAGUUUUAUAAAAUUUUAUGUAAAAUAUUGCGUUUUCAGUGGUCAAAUGGCUGUUUAAAAAUGCAAAUGAAGAAGGAAAUCAGUACUUCCCAAAAACGUUAUUCAGAGCCUUUUUCACACUACCCCUUAUUUCAGACUGGAUCAGGCUGUUCCAUAAGUUUUGUGGCAUUUCAUGGUGUUUGUUACUGGUUUCCUUUUUCAGUUGUUGCAUUCUAUAUUAUUAUGACAUGUGUCAUAAUGUUAUUUCAUCAAAAUAUAUAAAAAUAAAAAAUAUACAAAUUAUAAAAGUAUUUUAUGGAAUUGACACUUUUGUUUCGGUGGAUAAAAUAACAGGAACUGCUUUAUGAAGAAAACUUGUUACCUUGAGUAGUUCAGCCCUAUUUCAGCAACAGUUUUCUGUACUGAGCAGUGACCAUAAAGUGCUAUGACUUGCACCAUUGAAAGUUCAACUCAGCCUGCCAACUGAAAUGUAAAUGUGUAUGCAUAAACUCUUAAAUUUGUUUAUUCUGUUACAGUGAUAAUAGAAAUAACAAAAAGGAAAUACAUAUGUUUAGGAAGCACUGUUCAGAAGUAUUAUUUGUAUAAUAUUUAUGGGGAAAUUUUUUUGUGUAUUGCCACUGUACCUAUUUUUGUUCCACUGAUGUUGAAUGUUAUUCCCACUCUUCAUUCGAUAUGUGUACACAUUGUAGUCUGACAUUGGAUUUCAUUCCUCUGCAUUUGGAUAAGGUGCUAUCUAUCAAGUGCUCAGAAUAGCAAUGUUGAAAUGUCAACUUGGUGAUCAGUAAUUUAAAACAUUUCGGUUGGCAGAAUUAGUGAUACAGUAGGCCCAGUAUGUUAAAAAUGGUUGUGAGAUUUUAUGUUGUACUUUUUCGUGUUUGGAGAGUUCUGUCAUUUCUAUGCAGUUGUGCAAUAAUACCCGAUUAUAAUUGUAAAAAGGAAAAAAAAAAUAAAAGUAAACCAGUGAUAGGAAAAGAAACAUAAAAUUAUACAUUUUUACUUUGUGUUGUACACAUUUGUAAAUAAUGCCAAAAGGUGAUAAUUUUUUAAUGUUGAGCAAUUGCAUUCCAAGCCUUAAAAUAUAACUUUACCCAUAUGUUGAAAAGAUGUUUCAUUAUCAGAGUCACAGGGUUCAGUGACUGAGGGGCCAUCUGUGAUCAUAUUUAAGAAGUCUAUUAAUAUAAAUUUGAGCAAAAAGAUUUAAAAUCUAAUAAUAAUCUCAAAACUGCAGUUCCUCAAAUUUUCAUAUUUUUCUUGAAGUAAGAUCUGUGUUUUUGUUUGAGUUGACUUCAAUAUUGAAAUUAGUAAGGUUUUCUCUGAUGUACUUAGGUAAGAUGUUUACAACUUUGCCCAUCUUCAUGGCUGUUGAUUGCAGGUACACUCGUACUUCAUUCACUUUCUAAUAAAAUGUACAUUUGUUUGAAAGUGUGCUGGCAAGAGUAAGUUACAAGUUACAUUAUGUUUAGCCCCCCCCCCCCCCCCCCCCCAUCCCCUACCCCUUCUCGCAUUAUUGCCCGUCACAUUUAAGAUUUAAAUUUCUUGGUUGUCUUAAUUAUUUUAAAAUGCAGUGUACUUUUUGGGAUCAUAAAAUUUUACAACUAAUUAAUUUGUGAAGCACAUAUUUCCAAAAUUUUUGUCUUUCUGUCGGUAUUCUCUGUACUUCCAUUUACAUUGUUAACGUGCAUUUAGACUUUGUAUGCACUUGCUGAGACAAGCCGCAUUUUCUUGGUGGUAUUGCCUGCUCCUAUGUGAUGUGUAGUUUGAUAUUUUUAUGAAACUAUGGAGCACUAUUAAUAAACAACUGUAAACAGUAUUGUGGUGCUUCAUAUUUUCCAGUAAUCUAGUUAUCAUUGAUUUUUUUACUCAUGUAACUGAUUCAUUGAUCAUAAAAUAGCACAAGAUUUGCACUUUCCCCUAAAUGUAAAGGGGGAACACAGAAAACAGUAUUAUCUCGUUUUUAGAAGAAAAGGAAAGAUAAAUUCGUGUUUAGAAAUAUUCGCACAGGCAUGUUUGAAGUAUUCUUUCCCUAAUAUCGUUACAUUGCUUUCAAAAGAUUGGAGUUGUUUUGGUAACUGUGUCAUGUACAUAAGUAAGAUGCAUAAAUGAACCAGAACUUUUUUUAAAGGGGAAAAAUUUGGAUAAUUCGCUGGUCUAUACUUUUAUGAAUGAAGUUCAACGGAACAGACAAAGAUUUUUAAUAACUGGAGUUCAUUAAUAUGUAGUAUGAAUGUACCUGCAGUUUUGCACAGCUGUAUGUAGAUAGCAGAGAAAAUACUGGUUCUUUUGACAUUGUACUUAAUAAUGCACUGUCGUGGAGGUCCUGGGUUAGUUAUUUGGAACCAGUGUUGCUUUUUAAGCAGAAUUUUAUGUAAGUGCCAAAUAAUUAAGUGAGGUUCAGGUCCUAUAGUUGCCGACAAAUUGUUGAAGAUGGCCCCUAAAUAGAUUGAUUCAUUGUUUAAUUGGGCUCCUGAGAGUUAUUGAUUUACUGACUGAUGAUAAUAUGUAUUGUUCACAAUAUUUUUUAUUCAACUGUAAAUUUAUCACUUGUUAUAGUCAGCUCAAGUACAAAUUUUUGAAAUAAUUUACUGAUAAUCUGUAGAUUAUUUGAACUUUUUACAUAGUUUUUUCUUAUUGUUUAUUUUAUUGCAAAGAAUUGCUGUUUUAUGUCUGUUCAAUAUUGUAUGACAGUGAGUCAUGGCAUUAUCCACCUUUUUUUCUUUAUUUGCUGUGCUUAAUAGCAUUUGCAGAUCAGACAGACAGAGGGACACUGACUUUAGUCCUAAAUUAUUUUUUCUUCCGUGAUGGAAAAACGGUAUUUUUGUCCUAAGCAUGCUCUGAGCACAGCUUUUAAACUGAGAUUCAAGCUUUAACUCUUAAUAUUUUAAUAAUUACAUUUUGUCUGAUGAUGUCACACCCUUCAAAAUUGUUUAUAUUUUGUGUGCUGUUCCAGUCAGGCAGUGCUGUUUUGCAAAUAGAUAAUUCUACAUCUGUACAUAAUCUUCAUUUUGUUGCUGUAUUCUGAGCAUUAAGAAAGGUAAUGAGUUAACAGAAAUAUUUAUAUUUUAAUGUCAUGACUCAUGGAUUCUUCCAUUUGUCACUUGUGCUGUAGUUUAUAUUUUUCCCUGAGUCAUGAUUAACAUAUCAAUUUAUCAGUCCUGUCUCUAUUGCUUUUGUGCUUGGAGUUUAAAAAUCUAAAAAUAAAAAAAAUAAAAGCUCUAAAUUUAUAGGUGCACCAAAUUAUUAUUUUCUCAUGUAGAUUGCUUUAUAUAUUUUAAGAGUAGCAAAAUGUUACGUAAAAGUAUAUAUAUAGUUUGUACAAUAUAUAUGUACAUACACACAUCUAAAAUUACAUUAUGUGUGUUUGUAACUGAAUGUAGCAUCAGAAAGGUACAUUUACAGUGCUCACAUAAAUUUUUUGUUACUAGUUCCUUACGGGAAAGUGGAAGUUUUUUUUGUUUUUAAUGCAGACAUGCUUUGCAGUUUUUUCUAGACCAUAUCUUCUUUAUUGUGAUACCUAGAAUUUCAUUGUUGGUAAAUGGGAUUUAACACAUGUUCUAACAGAAGCUUCCAAAGGAUAUUACAGAAAAAAAAACUAGUCUGUUACUUCAUUGUCUUUCUCCACACUUCAAUUUUUGCAUAAAUGUAAAGAACAUGAAGUACAUUAUUUUUGUGUAAUAUAUCUAAUUAUUUUAAUGUUGUCACUAUUUGACGAAUUAUAUGUUUUUUUUAUAUAAAUACAUUGUAAUAUUUGAUGAUAUACACAAUAUCAUUCAUAGGAUUAUACAAAAUAAAAAAAUAUUGUAAGACAUCUUGCAUAUUCAUUGCCUUUAUAAACAGUGAUGUAAGAUAAAUAUUGAAAGUCCUUACUUUAUUACUUUUGAAAAAACCAUCAGGGCCUAAUCUAAAUUUUAAAGUGAACCAGCAUUUAAGAAAAUUGGUUUUGUGUUAUAUAUUGACACUUAUUUUCCACUGUUUUGUCAUUGAUUGGUCAGGGUUCCUCUGUAAAUUAAUAGCUUUCAUUACUAUUUUUGGAAUGAAAAUUCUCAUAAAUAUUGCCAAAAUGUAAUUAUUUGUUUUGGAAAUAAAGUCACCUAUAAUAGAGCA